AAUAAAAUAAUAACUUCAAUUGAACAGAUAUAACUCCGUUGUGUCACUCGAACGAACAAAACUUUGUUAAUAUAAACUAUUUAUAAACAUAGUCUGCAUACGAAAUAUAAAAACAACCUCGUUUGUGAGACUGUAGAAAAGAAUAACGAUUAUGAUUUGUUUUACAUUACAAUAUGCUUUUUAACUUUAUUCUUAGUAGAUUGCAGUUCAUUAGUUGUCAUUAUUUCUAUAUCAAAAGUCACCCGUGAAUCUGUACUGCACUUGCGCUUAUCCAAUGACAUUCGUUGAUUAAAUUUAGAAACAUCUCAAAGUGUGUGCAGAAUAUUGUCUCAGUUUUGAGGAUAGGGGAUGAUUUUCCGGCAAAUGAAUCCCUCGAGCCGGUUUUAAUUAUUCGUUGCAAUGCGAAAGUAUCAACAGUUAGCUCUUGUUCUCGUCUCUAUUAGCUGCAUUGCCAUACUAUUGGUGUAUAAAAGUGAGAACAAUCGUUUGAAAUAUGUAUUAGAAGUGGUCAAUAUUUUCGGACGGACAGAUGCAGCUGCAUUGAUCCGUAUUGACAACAGCAGCCGCUAUCGUGACGUGUCAUAUGACUUGGAUAACCCUCUUCCGGUGUGGCAAAGAGUCGGUCACGAUGUGUACGUAUACUCAGCUUUUUGGCAAAAGAAUGAUCUCCAGGCUGGCGGAACAGUGGUCAGUUUAGCCGUUGGACUUGAGCAAGCCAUGGUGAACUUCAAAUGCCAGGUGCAGCAUGGAUCCAAAGACAUAGUCACGGGAAAAUUUCUAUUUAUGAGAGUCGAAAAUCCCACUGGAUCGAUAGUGAAACCGAAUGGAGAAGUUUUUGUUAUUUAUAAAUUUCUUUGUAAAAUAAAACGGGAUUUUGGGCAUCCGACUGAGGUGGUUUUUACCGAUACGGCACAUUCAAUAAAAAGAUUUAUUCCGCUGCGUGUUAUCGACAGCAAAUCCAUAUCUCAGAAGAUGACUAUGACUGCAUGCGUAGAUUUGAACAACUAUUUGGAAUUAGAGGAGGAAUUCCGUGAACCAUCUGCCGUGCUUCAAUACUUUCUGCACCAUCAAAUAAUUGGUGUAGAUGAUUUUAUCGUAUACAAUAGCAACGCACUCGAUUCUUCCACUGCAUCGAUUCUGUACAACCAUGGUAUCAAAAUCAACCUAUUGCCUUACAAUUUCCCCUUCGAUUUGACCAACAAACAGCAGAAUCGUCAACUCAUCGAGAUGGACUGCCUUAUGCGAAACUUCAAUGCUGCCAAAUACACAUUCGUUAGUGCCAUAAAUGAGUAUCUCUAUCCGAGUUCUCGACUACGUAGCAGCAAUCAAUUCCUGAAAUACGCUGGUAAGGUUUCAAGUGACGCUUCACACUUCACGAUAGCUGCCAGGGCGGUUUGUAUCGACAAUAGGAAGAAGAUAUUUUCCGAUAAUCUACUGUAUGACACGGACACGAGGAGCGAGAGGCCGUUUUACAUCUACCGUCCACAAGAUUAUAAUAGGCCUGUUAGUGAGCCGCCUCCAAAGCCAUUAGACAUUGACAGAAAUAUUAUGUUCGUUCAUCGUUAUUUGGAGAAAUGUGUCUCUAAAUCGGACCUAUAUGAUUGGACGACUAUCCUGAGCAAGGAUUUCCUGCAGUACGUGAUCGAAAUAGGGAAAGAGCUAAACAAACUCAUCUAUCGAUGAACGCUUUGUGUGAUAUCAAAUGUAAGAAAACAACGACAACAAAAAAGAAUUAGCUACUACAAGCGUACACAAGCACAAAGGCGCGCACAAGAACUAUUCGGAAAUGAUAGUGAUACAAAACAUUAGGGCGUAAGCAGAAUGAUCGGUACAUUUGCAUUUGUGCAAUAAGCUUGACGCAUACACAAUACUUACCGUUGAAGGUUUUUAAAAUAUUGGAUUUGUGUAAUUUUAUCUCAGACAAAUGCAGUCAACGAUUCACAAUACACAACGUAACAAUAAUUCUUAACCUAUGUCAAAAUUUUAUAUUCAAUAACUAUCUCUUGAAAUGCGUGUUGCUUCAUAAAUAAAGUUUUUUGAAAUACUG